UCAGUGUAAAACUGUUCAUGUUAAUUGACCAAUGGCAACUAGCCAUGAAGGAGGAGAGGCGACAGACCUACCAGUGUGUUCUAUAUUAAGAUAUCAGGAGUAUAAACCUAACAGUCCUGGCAUUAGUUUAAAGCCCCUGAUGAAAAGCACAUGACUAACGUCCCAACAAUGUCUAUUCACAUCUUGUCCUUGGGACGUACAGAUGGUGUGAUCUCAGAGUUGAGAGCUCUGAGCUGAAACUAAACCUCUCACCCUUACAGCGGAGGUUUUCCGUCAGAGGGGGGUGUUUUGGGUCUGCAAUUUUUUUUUUCUCUCAGAGAGGGUGAUGCUGUUCCCUGUUCACUGGAAAUGUAUUGACUGAGGCUCCAACCCUCAGCCUUCCAGCUGGACCCUGCUGCUGCUCUGCUUAUUGUGUGGGGUUUAAAGCAGGACACAAACACACCUGACGGCAGAGCUCUCCCUAAUUAGUUUCAGAGACCAGGAAAAAAAAAACAUGAGGGUCUUCAUUCUGCUUUGCCUGCUGGCAUUAGGCAAUACCAAACCGUACCAGCCAGUCAACGUAAUGGAGUUUAUGAAAAACUACGACAUCAUGAUGGCUGAUGCAGUUGAUGACGACGAUGAUGAAGAAGAUGACGAUGACAGUGAUGAGGAUGAGGGCUCUGAGGAAGAAGAUGAGAAUUGCCCACCGGGUUGCCAUUGCUCACCCAGGGUGGUCCAGUGCUCAGACCAGGGUUGUUAGUCUGUUCCCGAGAAGAUCCCUGAAGAGAUUGUGUUACUAGAUCUCCAAAACAAUGAUAUAACUGAGAUCAAUGAGAAUGACUUUAAGGGCCUUAGCAAGCUCUAUGGCCUGUUCCUGAUUAACAACAAAAUAUCUAAGAUUCAUCCUAAAGCUUUCAAAAACAUGUACAACCUCCGACUGUUGUACCUCUCCUACAAUCUGCUGACUGAGAUCCCUGCUAACCUGCCUCCCAACGUCAUUGAGCUCCGCUUUCACGAAAACAAGAUCAACAGGAUCCAGAAAGAUGCGUUCAAGGGCCUGAGGAAACUUCAUGUACUGGAACUGGGGGCCAACCCUCUCGCUAACAGUGGUAUUGAACUGGGAGCUUUCAAUGGCUUAUCAACUCUAUACAUUGGUAUAGCUGAGGCCAAACUGAAUGCCAUACCAAAAGACUUCCCAUCCUCCAUCACAGAAAUGAGCCUGGACUACAACAAGAUCACAAAGGUGGAGGUAGAAGAUUUCAUCAGAUACAAAAACCUUCAAAGACUUGGACUUGCUUUUAACCAGAUCAAGUUUGUGGAAAAUGGCAGCCUUGUAAGCAUCCCCAACAUCCGUGAAAUUCACCUGGACAACAACCGGCUAAAAAAGGUCCCACCUGGCCUGAACUCACUGCGAUACCUCCAGAUGAUUUUCCUCCAUGGAAACAAAAUCAGCAGUGUUGGAGUCAAUGACUUCUGUCCCAUUGGGUCCAGUGUCAAGAAGAACUUGUACACAGCCAUUAGUCUGUUUGCCAACCCUGUUAAAUACUGGGACGUGCAGCCAGCUGCCUUCCGCUGUGUGACUGGACGGAGGGGUGUUCAACUCGGAAACUUCAGAAAGAAGUAGACGGAGAAGAGGAACUUGAAGUAAUAAUAAAAAUGAAGAACUGCCAACGUUUUUGUUUCACCAUACAAACAAUAAACUGGAAAUAACUGUCAUAGAUAAAAUUCCACAAAUUUCCAAAGACAUUUUCAUUUUGUCAAAUUUUGUUUAACAAAACUCUAGUCUGGACAUUGGAUCUGGUGACAUUAAUGGAACCACAAACUAAAAACACACAGAAAGAGUCAGCAGGAGUUAGCUACUGGUAGAACGGGGAAGGUUACAACAUGAACAGCGGCAUUUUUAAGGACUAUUACAUCAAACUCUUGCAUGAAUAUUUACAUUCAUAUAAGAUGUCUUUUGUCAUAUCAUCCUUAUUUUUGUGCUGCAUAAAUAUUUUAAGGAGUAAACUGCCUUACCAUGGUCUACGUUUGAGCACAAUCAACCAGUAACUUGAGUUGCAAAAUAUGUGAAAACAAUUUUAGUGCCUUUUUUGUCUUGUAAAAAUAAGAUUUUUUUUGUUAGAGAAAUAUACAUUUUUCCUCUUCUGCUACAGUCAUUGGAUUAUGCUGGUUUCUUUCAGCCCCUGUCUUCACAUGGAUGUUUUCUAUUAUCUAUUGCAUGUAAUUUUGUUCCCUUAGAAUGUUAGACUGGAUUAUAAAAUGAUGUAAGAGGUCCCUCUGCCGGACUAAAGAGGUUACUGGUUCAAUUUUUAAAUAGCCUAUAGCAACCAAUGGGAACCAUUUUUGAUGUAACUGUUGAUGAUACAGUAUUCAAGUACACAAAUGUGCCCUUGUUUGUUUACUUUUUUCCAUCAUCUAAAAUGGUGCUAUAUUUAUUGUCUUUAAAUAAACCUGAUAAA